UUCAUUUUAUAAUCAAAAAGGCCAAAAUUUACAAGAUGAUGAAAAGGGACAUGCAUUUUGUUCACAUUCUUUUCUUACUAACCCUAUCUCCUUUAAUUUGCGUGAACAGUGAGCAUUUUGUGCUUGUUCAUGGAGCAUGCCAUGGUGCAUGGUGUUGGUAUAAGGUGGCAACUUUGCUUCAAUCAGCCGGUCAUAAUGUUACAACGGUUGAAUUGGCUGCUUCGGGUAUCAAUCCAAUACAGGUCCAAGAGAUUCGUCAAAUUUCAAAAUAUCAUGAACCUUUGAUGAAAUAUAUGGAAUCUCUACCAUUAGAGGAGAAGGUGAUUCUUGUUGGUCAUAGUCUUGCUGGAUUGUCUAUGUCUGUUGCUAUGGAAAAGUUUCCGCAGAAAAUUUCAGUUGCAGUUUUUAUUACUACAUUUGUGCUUAGUCAAAACCUCACUUACCCUGCUAUUCUUCAAGAGCAAGCUAGAAGAAACAAUUCUUUAAUGGACACAAAGGAUUUGUAUUUUGAUGGACCCAACAAACCUGCAACUGCUAGACUGUUUGGUCCCAAAUACUUGGCAUCCACGUUUUAUCAAUUAUCACCACCUGAGGAUUUGACCCUUGCAUUGUCCCUGGUGAGACCUAUGCCACUUUAUAAUGAUUAUGACUUAUUGGAGAAGGAAACAAAAGUUACCUAUGAUAGAAAUGGAAGGGUACCUAAGAUUUUUAUCAUUGCUAAAAAUGACAAAUUAGUAGCAGAGGAUUUUCAAAGGUGGAUAAUUGAGAGAAGUGGUCCAUAUGCUGAGGUGAAAGUGGUUAAGAAUGCUGAUCAUAUGGUCAUUUUCUCCAAAGUAAAGAAGCUUACACGUAUGCUUCUUAAGAUUGCAAGGAAAUACUAAUCUUUAAACAAUUAUGUAUAAUUGGGAUUAUAUUUCUAGUAUGAAUUAUGAUUUUGAAUUCUAGUAUUUAAUAAGAAUAAUGGGAUUGUCCCUUGUUGUCUUUUUAUG